AUGCAAGUCGACACAGCUGAAGGCUGGAUGGCCAGCUUUCCCGAUCAUCCAGUUUUCUCAUCUGGGUCACCUUCAAACGGAAAGGAAAGGAUGCUCGAGUCAUCGUCUUCCUCAAAGUUGAUUGCAGUCAAGAUAAAUCAAAAUGAUCUGGUUGUCGCUUACGGAAACGAGUUACGUUUGACGUCCAUGGCUAAGUACAAGUCAGCAGCGAGCUCUCACAACCCGAACGAACCACAGGGCAGCUAUAAGGUUCUCAAGCCCAGUGUUUCAAUGAGCUUUCCGAAGGGUCCGAUCACUCAAUUGGUUCCCAACCCAACAUCUCAACUUUUGGCUAUUUGUUCAGACUUCGAUAUUUGCGUCAUUGCUUUGCCUCGACUUGAUGAACAUAUCGACACGAGCUUCUACCUUGAUUGCGAGACGUUAUCGGUUGGAGAAUCAAGUCUAGUAGGAGACGAAAUGACAUCAAUGGCGUUUUCCAAGAUGCGUGUUGUCAAAGUUUUGUGGCACGGAUUGAGUUAUCGAGCUGGUACACUUUUGGCUCUCUACUCGAAUGGAAUGGUCCACGAAUAUGAUAUCACGAGGGAUAGCAAGAGACCUACGCAGAUCUUAGACUUCAAUUCUCCCCUUGGCAUUCUACCUCACCAUACCAUCGAUCAAAACACAGGAGAAAUGACUGAAACGCACGAAGGAUUGGUAGCCCGCAUGUUAGGCACGGCUGAUUCACCUUCUAUAUCUUCUCGCACUCGGGGGGAGUCAUCAGGGCCGCAAAACCUCGCACGAAAUCGACGAGAAGGCACUUUCUCUGCCGAAGACGUUUCGGCGACGAAUGCGGUGUCCAUGUGCUUCGGAACAGGGAUCGGAGACUGGGGACCGAUGACUUUGUACGGCUUGAUGGAGAACGGCGACCUACCAUCUUUCUUUAUCCUCUCCGAGGUCCUUCAGAUCCGUCAAGAUGAUGGAGUCGUAUCUUGCGAGGUUGCUGUUCACAUAUUUUGCCUUGCUUGUGGUAAUAGUCUCCUUCCUAUAACCUACAAGAGCUCUCUGCUGUUCUUCUUAACCACAAAACUCGAGGCCCUAUCGAAGUCCAGUCCGCGUGCAGAAGAAUCUCAAGAUAUACGUAUUCUCCAAAAAUCACUAUAUUAUUCUCUCGAUUUUCUCAAUGCAAUCGAAAAACUCUCACAGUCCCAACCAAACGGAGCCUCCAGUAACCUGCGCUCAAAGGACGAAUUGAUAGACCUUUACGGGAUGCUCAAAGCUAGACCCUUGAGACAGGGUCCAUUCCUUAUGCAACCGUCACCUAUCGAGCUUGAUCCUGAAACGUCUUCUGGUACCGGUCAAUCUGAGUUCGAUCCCUCAGCGAGCAGUGUUGGGGUUUUCAUGAUAGCAUAUCAAAAUCGUGUCGAUGUCCAUAUCGAGGUUGACAAAGUCGAGCCAUACUGGCAAUCACUUCCAAUAAAUAAGAUGACAUAUGAGACAGAAGUCAUAUUACCUGCCUUGAUUACCCAUGAGACGAUCGAUUUACAAUUGCCUGGUGAUGUUCAAAGCGCUCCAAAUCCUUUUGGUCCUGUGGUUUCCCAUGAAACUUCGGGUGGUGUUCGCUUUGUCAAAGAUACUAGACACCCCGACGUGGUCUUCCUUUGGCAUCGCUUUGGAGUGCAAGCUAUCUCAAUGUUUCGAUGGAUCGAUCCUUUAACAAGGCUAUUUCAAGAAUAUACUACGACAGGAUCAAUCCGAUCAAGCGACAUCCAACAUACCAUUGGGGGUCUAGGUGGCGCUGAUGUGAGGUGGGUGAUCAAAACCGCCCCUUCCGAUCAACCAUCAACGGAGUCGAUAUCUGCCCCAUUGGGGGUUCAGUGUUUAGCUGUGAUCGAUGAUGCCUAUCUAGGCUACGCUUUGUUAUCCAUAUUCGAUGACCUUCAAGUUUUACUCCAUCCACUACGCCACCGACCUGUUUCAAGUCUCCCUCUUCGCUUGCCACUCGCUGGUAGUGGUUCUGCAACCCCAGAAACUGGCGGCGCUUCAUCAUAUCCAUUCGCAGGAAAGAAACCUGUAGCUGCGCCACCAAGAAUUAACGCGGGUCAAUCUGAUCGUCGCUUUUAUACAAGCUUACUAGCAAAGCCAUGGAUACCCAGCCGAUUGCUGAACGGACAACCAAUGCCAUCAAGUCUUUCAAAGAUCAAAAUACCCCAGGAUUUGAAUUCCACGGACUCAAAGUCAUUCAGAUUCAUUGUGGAAGUGAACAACGAACUCGAUAGGCAAAUACGAGGGGUGAUUGAGGCUGCCAAUGAAACUCAAGAUCGGCUGAAGCUUCAGAUACGGGAGUACGAAAGGCAGCUGAGCCGCACAUUUUCUGCUCAAGAGACCUUGGCUCGGUUCGCUGAUCAGUCUCCCCUUUCCACGGGCACUGAAGCCCGGAUAACUCGCAUCACUGAUUUCCAAAAGAAACUUCUCGAGCGAAGUGACGAUAUCUUACAACGCCUCACCGACCGAGUCAAUCCUACUCUCAGUGAGGGAGAGCGCCGAUGGUUUUCGGAAUUGCGGCGUAUGAAAACAGAAGUGGGGUGCGAGGAGAAGACUGGCUCGCGAAGUGGAUUAUUUGCCGAAGUCGAAAAGAUGAAGGCUGAUCUUCAGUCUAUCAAUCAAGCUGUGAAAAAGCUACCUGAGCAUUUACAGCUCGAAUGGACUCGGGGAACCACACAAGGCAAACUUGGCGACAAGCAAAUCCAAGAUAUCCAGCACAGGCUUGUUCAAGGUACAACAUGUCUGGAAUGGGUUCAAAUUCAAAUUCAAGAACUGAACGAUACUCUUGCCCAUCUCAAGAGCCCGACAUGA